UUCAAAUGUAGUGAAAUCUGAGGGUGUUUUGCUCAAAGAUAUUAUUUGGUUUUGCUACAAUCCGUAAUGAAAAUUGCCUUGCAGAAAUUAAUAUAUUUGAUUUAAAUUGCAGUUUCAAAAAUGAAAAGUAAAUCAGGAAGACAUAAAGACGAAAAUACGUUCAAAUUUCGAACGUUUUCUGAGCGGAUAUCUGCGAUUAAUGUUGAUGUUAUCCAUCGGGUGAAACAUGUUAACGAAAAAACUUCAGAAGAAAUAAGCUAUUUCUAUCAAGAUUUUGAAAAAUGGGAUGUCCUAAAUAUCACAGAAGGAUAUACUUCCUUUAAAAAGGAAAUCAAAAUAAAUUUACUUGUCACCCUUCCUCAAAUUAUUGCUCAUAAAGAGCAUAUAGUGAACACUUUAUUGAAAUAUCUGAAACACAAAAAUCCUUUAUAUUUACAACCCUUGUUGAGUUUAACCGCAUCUUUGGCCAGUGAUCUGAGAGAAAAUUUUUAUGAGCACUAUCAUGAUUUUUAUGAUAUACUUAUUGAACUGUUGGAAACAAAAGAUACAGAACAAUUAGAAUGGGUUUUCCAAUGUCUGGCAUAUUUCUUUCAUAAAUUAUGGAAAUGCUUGGUGAAAGAUUUUAAGAAGAUUUUUCUCUCAUUAUUGCCAUUAUUAUCUGAAAGUAAAGCGGAAUAUAUCAAUAAUUUUGCUGCUGAAUCAUUCACAUUUGUUACCAGGAAAGUGAAGGACAGAAAAUAUUUAUUGGAUUUGAUUUUGAAAACUGUGAAUAGGAAAAAAGAUGGUAUCAGAGGAUGUGGUAGAUUAUUUUUCGAAGUUAUCAAAGGUGUUAAUGGGCAAUUACACAGUUGUGCAGGAGAAUUUCUUCAACUUCUGUUUGAAUCUCUGCCAGAGUAUGAGAAUUUCUUAAUAGAAAUAUUAGAAUAUACAAUUGCACAUAUAACUGACUAUGUAUCACCACAAAAAUCAGAAAUAUUCUGGAGUUGCAUCUUAACAGCUUUGUCUAAAUCCAGAGAGAAUUGGAAUGAACUAAAAGAUGAAAAUAACUUGAGAAGUAUAGAACACUUAUUGAAGUUGUUAGGACAAGCUAUUGAACAUAAACAUGGAAAAAUUGUUCACAAUCUUAACAGAAUUAUACAAGAGAUAGUUCCUAUUUUGUCAAUGGAAAUCUUACCAGAACAUGUAGUAGUAACUCUUGUGAAAGUUGUGAUAGUUAUUCUCUUAUCAGAUAAUCUUAGGCUUACUCAAGAAGAAGCUGUCCUUUUGGUAAAAAAUACACUGGCAGUGAAAAAUGAGACAGCAAAGUUGUAUUUUGUGGAUAAUAUUACAGAAUUUUCCUGCUUCAAACCAAUGGUCCUUCCCCAUUUUCUGAAGAGUUGUGCAGAGAAAAACUUUGAGAAGAAUUAUUUGAGAACAUUGACAAAUGUUAUAUUAAAAAAAGCACCCUUGGCAAAUGAUGGUAUCAAAUUAAGAAGUUGGUCUAAGUAUCCCUUAAACAUUAAAUCAAAUGAAAAUAGUCAAGAAAUAGAGCUUUCUCUACUGAAUGUUAUUGAGGAAGGACUGGAUAAAGAAAGACUUUUCUGCACAUUAGUUUGUAUACCACAUCUAAGCUUAAAAGACAUUGAAAAAUUCAAACAGAUUAUUGGAACGCAGAUCCUUAAAUUGCUUGAAAAAUGUGCCAAAGAUGAGAAGGAGAAAUUUUUUUUCUUGAAUUUACAUAUUGAAUGCUUAUUACAUUUGAAUAAUAACGAUUUCUUCAAGGAAAAUUUCCAGAAAAUUAUGAAUGUUCUGUUACCUUUAGUGGAUGAAAAGUCCAUUUUAGGAAUAUUGAAAAUAAUGAGCUUGGUGAUUCUAGCUGUUGAAAAUCAAGAGUUUAUCAAUAUCGAAACCCUCAAGUUCCUAAAUGAAUAUUUUGAACCAUAUUUUUGCUCACCAUUCCAUGAGAUUCGGCUACUUACUACAUUCAUCUACACAUUGUUUGAAGACAUACCUGAAUUUGAUCUUGUGCACUCCACUGAUCCCGAUUCUAUCAAAGAGAAAUUCGAAGUAUUCACGAUAUGCCAUUCUAUAGAAUCUAUUGAUCCACAAAUAAGCACUUAUCACAGCCAAAUAAGAAGUUUAGAAAAACUAAGCUUUGAAAAACCUCAAAUGCUUAUGUGCCACCAAACAGAUUUCAAGGCCAUUCCUUUGAGAUAUAUUUGUGGCGUAUUGUACAUGAACUUUCAACUCUUGUGGCAACACACUUUGAACAUUGUAGAAACACAUGCUCAUGGGUUGAAUAUAUCCUGUUUUUGGAAUGUUUAUGGGGAGCAAUUAAGAAGAGUUGAUGAAUACGUGCUCAAUGGAUUUUCUCUAACAAUUGAUGAAAUGGAAUGCGAAUAUAGCACUUUGAAGUUAUUCUAUGAAAAUUGGCAAAAAUCUGACUCCAAACCAGAUUUUGCAAACUAUCGAUUGUUGUUGUGGAAAGGACUGUCUACAUUCCCUGAUAUUGGUGAAGCUAAAACUAAAGAUAUUUCUAGUUUACUCCUCAAAUUUUAUGAAAAAGAGUUUACAAAGUACAAUGCUGAACUAGCAUAUACAUGGAAUAUAAAACAAAAAGAUCCUGAAUCUGAAGAAGCUUUGGAUCCUGAGGAUGAUGCAGAAAAUGAAGAACACACUGUUAAACCUGUUGCCAACAAAGCAGCAAAAGUGAAUGGUAAAACUAAAUUGAGAACAUUUUUGCAGUAUCUAUCAGUAUUUUCAAAGGUCAAAAGUCCCCAAUCAAUGUAUCGAGAAGUAGAAUUGUACAAAUUAUACUAUGAUUUGCUUCAGCAUAAGAAUUCGCAAAUUCAGAAAGCUGCUUUGGACUGUUUACUAACGUAUAAAAAAAAAUUCAUUGUGCCUUACAAAGAAAACUUAUACAAUCUCAUAGACGACAAAGGUUUUAAGAAUGAAUUGGCCACUUUCAAUUUGGAUCGAGAAGGAUCCACCGUUGUAGAGGAGCAUCGAGAUGAUCUUAUGGAAGUUGUUCUGAGAAUUGUUUAUAGUAAAAUGAAUGCAAAAAUAGGAAUGAGAACUGGUGGCAAAUCAGCAGGUCAGCACAGGAGAACGUUGGUACUCAGAUUUUUAGGCGGUUGUCAUGAAAGAGAAAAGUUGAUUUUCAUAAGAAUGAUAUUUAAGUUCUUCGAUAGAUAUCUUACGGAAGAUUUGAAUGAUUUGACUGAAAAUGUCGAUUUGGAACAUUUCAUUCCACCAAAGAGAUUACAGAGCUCGAUGAAUAUGCUCAAUGUGAUAUUGGAACAAUUUGGCGAUUCUUUAGCAUGUGAAUUGCUGGAUAAUCUUCUACAUUAUAUUUUUGUCAUAGGAUCGUUUAUAAAAGGUGCUUUUAAACAAAUAUCUAAUGUACAUAUUGGUUACCAAUCUGCCCUCAGAAUUCUACGUACAGGUGCUACUAAAUUGGUGUGUUCAUUUUUUCAAAAAUUCCAACAAUAUGGUUGGAACAGUAAGCAGAUAGAUAAUAUAUUUGAUAUUUUCAUAUGGCCAUAUUUGGAUAAAUUGAAUACAGAGGGCAUUCAUAGCCCAACAGCCCUAUUGAAAUUAUUUGUAUUAUGGGGCUCAGAUCCGAAAUAUUUUCCAUUAUUGGUAAAACACAGGAAUGAUGACAAAACGGAAUAUAUUCUUCCUAAGAUUAUGGAAUUAUUAGUCAAUGAAAAAUCUCAACACAGUGUAGUACAAGCCAUAAUGGAAAUGGUUCAACAUCUGCUAAUAUAUGUAGAAGAGGAGAACAAACCAUCACUACCUAUUACUAAUAUUCUUGAUAUAAAUCAAAGCAUAAUUGACAGAAUAAAAAUCAAUGAUAAACUGAAUUAUGGCAGCUGUAUAUUGUUACCACAUGUACCAAGUGUUCUACUAAGGAUUCAAAAAAGUUUAGAAAAGAAAAACAAAAAUUUAAGUAGACUAGAAAUCUUCAUUCUCUCAAGAAUUUCUGAAUUAGUUUGGGAAGCUGAUAUAAGUGAAUACACACUCAAACUGUUACUACCUGUUGUUUUGAAAAAAUGUCACGUGAACAUCAGUGAAGAUAUUGUUAAUCAAUAUUUGAUUACCAUAAAAAAUUUGCUCCAAAAUGUUGAUGAUUCCACAAAAUUCUUGGAAAAAAUAUCUUUGCUAUUUGGUGAGGUUGGUUGUACUUCAGGAAGAAAAAGGCUUCAAGAAAUCAUCCAAGUGAUGGUUCAUAAAUCGGAUGACCCAGAGUUAGUUUUGUUGAAGAACAUCAUAGAAGAACUCAAUGCAUAUAAUGCCAGAUGGCUAGAUCAACCAGAUUUUGAGAGGAGGCAUAAUGCUUUCAAAACAAUUCAUUCAUUGUUGGAAAAGGAUGAGAUCAAUCUUCGAUUGGGAGUGCUAUUGAUAUUCAAUUCCUACUACUUUUUGAGCACGGAAUCUGAUUUAUCUAUAAAAGAAAAUUCAUCACAUUUACUCAAAACCCUGUGUCCUUAUUUGUUGAAGAAAUAUCAGAAAUCAAGGAAGGAAAAUGAUUACUUACUGGAGACUAUGUUCAAUUUGAUUCGCAGAGGCAUGAAAAACAAAAACGAGGAUAUACGAAAUGAAUGCAUAUCUUUACUAGGACAUAUGGCAAGGAAGUGUCCAGAGAAUCACUUCAUUUUGAGAGACUUGCACUUGUUCACGAAUGAAAAUGAUAUUGAAGUUGAUUUCUUCGAGAAUUUGAUUCACUUACAAAUACAUCGUCAUGGUAGGGCAAUGACCAAAUUAUGUCAAAUAUUAAAGGAACUGGAUGUUAUGAUAAAUGUGCAAACUCUGACACGGUUCAUACUUCCUUUAGUGUCACAUUAUUUAAUGAAUGAGAAAUAUGCUAGUAGACACACUCUUAUUGACACAGCUAUAGAAACUAUAGGUGUUUUGUGCCGCAUUCUUCCUUGGCAUCAUUAUGAAGGUUUACUGAAGUUUUAUCUGAGCAAAUUAAGAAGCCGUAUUGUUCAUCAGAAACAGCUGGUUAGAUUAACGGUUGUUGUGCUCAACUCAUUUCAUUUUGACCUAAGUAAAGCUCAUUCUAAUGCCGAUAUAGAAAAGCGCCAAAGUGAAAAUGACAUCUCGAAACACAACGAAGAAGAAACCAAACCUGAUGAUAAGGAAGCAACCGAAAUAGGGGAAGCUACGGUUGAAGAAGAUAUUGGAGAGGUCCUUGAAAGUCUCGAAGUUGAUGAGGAAGGAGAGGACGAUAACGAUGAGAUACCUGAGGAGAAAUCGGUCAAGAUAUGUGAAAAAAUUAAUGUUCUCUGCAAAUCGACUGCUACACGAGUGGUUUAUACAAUUCGGACUGUACUGCUUCCCCAACUACACAGGGCACUAGCUGAGAUGACACAUAAUGAUAGCUCACACAAAAUCAAUCGAAAGUUGACCAGAAAUGAACAAGAGGAGGAUGAUCUAAUCAAAGUACCACUAUCGCUUGCUGUUGUGAAACUUUUGCAGAAGUUGCCUCCGAAAAUAUUAGAACGUAAUCUGCCAGGAAUUUUCAUGAAAACUUGUACUUUCCUGAAAUCACAUCUUGAGAGUGUGAGAAAAGUAGCUAGGGAAACUUUGCAAGAAAUGAUGCUCACACUUGGACCAUCGUAUUUGGGGGCACUGCUCGGUGAAAUGGCUCCUCUACUGCAGAAAGGCUAUCAAGCUCAUGUGUUGGUAUAUACCGUGCAUGGGGUUUUGAAUUGUUUGAAACCGCACUAUAAACCCAAGGAUAUAGAUGUUAUACUACUAACUGUUCUAAAGCUGUGCAAUACUGAUUUAUUUGGAAUAUUAUCGGAAGAAAAAGAAGUGGCCAAGAUAAUAGUAAAAACAUCAGAAGCCAAAUCGUCCAAGAGCCUGUCUAUUUAUCAGAUACUAGCCCAAUUCAUCACAGAGAAAUGUUUCUUGGACUUGGUGCUUCCGAUAAAAAAUAUUUUGGAGAGUUCAACGUCAUUCAAAACAGUAUUCAAAGCUCAAGAAUGUCUCAAUAGUAUGGCAAUAGGUCUUGUUGAUAACCAGUUUGUGUCGCCCGAAUCACUGAUGAUGUUUGCGUUUGGAAUAGCAUCAGAAAAGAUCACGCAAUUGAUACCUGGCAAAAACAAGCAGGAACUAACCGAAAAAGAAAAGCUUUUGCUCCAAAUGCAGAAACCUGAUUGCUUUAUUAUACCUAAAGCGCCAGUUGGAAGAGCAGGUGUACGAGUGAGCAAUGUGAAAAAUUCUGACAAGGCAAAUGCUCAUCAUCUUGUUUACUUUGGAUUAACUCUCUGCUGUAAAUUAUUGAAGAAAGAUGUGUUGGUUAAACAAGACCAUCUGUCAUUCUUGGAUCCUUUUGUGGAAUUAUUUAAGGAUUGUUUGAAGUCGAAACAUAUCAAGUUGUCCACUGUAACAUUGAAGUGCCUGACAUUUAUUUUCAAAUGGGAAUUACCUUCACUUAAGAAACAUAUAAAAGAAAUAACAUCUGAUAUAUUCUCCAUUUUGCACAAAUAUGCAGUUGCUGGAUUGAGUAAAGGAGAAAAUUUCGACUUGGUGGUGGUGUCAUUCAAGGCCAUGUCAGUUCUAUUGAGAGAUGUAAAAUACCACAUAAUUGAUCAGGAUCAACUAAAGAUACUUUUGUGUUACGUUGAAAAAGAUAUGUACGAUUAUGAUAGACAAGCAGUUGCCUUUAAUUUACUCAAAGCUAUUUUGAUACGAAAACUGAUUGUGUCUGAACUGAGCGAAAUUAUGGAGAAAGUCGCUGAACUGAGUAUAACGUCAGAAAUGGAUCAUGUGAGAAAUCAGGCAAGAGAUGUAUUCCAUAAAUACCUGAUGGACUACCCGCUAGGAAAGGAGUUGGAGAAACAUGUGUCGUUUUAUCUCUCUCAAACUAGUUUCGAAUUGCAAUAUGGCAGGGAAUCUGCUCUUGCCAUGCUGAAAACUCUUAUCGUCACGUUUCCUUUGAAAGAACUGAAUUCAUUUAGUGGAACAAUUUUAAUCAUCCUCGGUGCCCGAUUGGUGAAUGAAGAAGUGCCACAAUUGAGGAAAACUGUAGCAGCCUGCUUAACCACAAUGUUGGAAAGGUUAUCCAAUGCAGACAGGCAACCAUUAUUUGAAAUUGUCUUAUUGUGGUUUUCAGAUAAAAACAUAAAUCAUAGAAGAUUGGCAGCUCAGCUUUUAGGUGUGUUCGUGAAUAUAGAAAAAGUAACCUUUGAAUCAAGGUUACCAAUCAUAAUUCCACUGAUAUUGAAACAAUUUGGCUUGGAUGAUACACCCGGAAAGUUUGUUAAAGUUAAGGAUGCAAACGAAGAUACUUCAGAAAAUGAGGAAAAAUUGAGGAUAAAAGAUCAUUUUUACUUUCAAUUACUACAACUCCUACUGAAAAUUUGUAAACAUUGUCCGAAUUUCUUGAAGCAAAAAGAAACUAUCAAUAAUUUGGCAUCACAUUGUCAGACAUUAUUGAAUUAUCCGCACGAUUGGGUUCGCCUUGCAGCCUGUCAAUUUAUAGGUUUUGUUUUGUCCAUAACUGAUAUUGGACAUUUAUCUAAUUUACUAAUUAAUGGAGAAAGUGACAGUUCAGGCUAUCUCUCAAGUGACCCGCAUGGUUCCCUCAAAUCUUUAACACUUGACCUUUGUGAUCAGCUACAACCUGAAAAUUUAAAGACCGAUCUAGCAGAACAGGUUAUAAAGAAUUUAGUGUUUGUUGCAAGAGUUUUACAAAAUAUUCCUCUGAAGGAAGAGGAAUCUGAUGUGAUGCAAAUAAAUCUUUUGUGGCUAUGCAAAAGAUUAAGAAAAAGCGUUAAUAUGGAAGUGGUUCAGUGUUCAUCUAGUAUUGUCAUACGAACAGAAGUUUUCAAAUGGAUUGCUGCCAUAACCACUGUAUUAGAAGUAGAUAAGUUAUUACCUAUUCUGCAUCAUUUGAUGGCUCCAUUGGUUCGUGAAAUGUUAAUGAUUGGUGAGAAAAAUACUUUCUUACGGCAACUCAGUAAAGAAGUUGGGAACAAAAUAAAAAAGAAAAUAGGACUUGAAACUUACACUGAAACCUUAAAUAAAUUACAACAAACCCUAUCAGCUAAAAGGGCAGAAAGGAAGAGAUCUAGAAAUCAACUGGCUGUAGUUGAUCCUGCGUUACAUGCUCAAAAAAAGAUAAAAAAACAGGAGAAGAAAAAAGAUUCCAGAAAGAGAAAAAUGGUGGAGCUGAAAGGAAAGAAAAAUUUCAAGAGGAGGAAAGUAGUCGACUUGGAAGAUUUUUAAAAUUAGAUUUACACAUGAAAUUCUGUAUAAAAAUGUAUAUAUUGGUUAUAUAAAGUAAAAUUAUUAAUUAUAA